AUGGUGCAAGUUAAUGAGAGUCUCAACGCCGAUGCGGAGGUUCCCACUCCCGCUCACACUGAAAAUCAGAACCCAACACCGAACCAGCUUAUGCAUACCGCAUUGUACAUAGAGGAUCUUGAUCGUAACGUCAUCGAAUAUGAUCUCUACGAACUCUUCAAUCCGAUCGGUGAAGUUGCAUCUGUUCGUAUCUGCAGGGACUAUAUCACUGACGAAUCCCGGGGUUUCGGCUAUGUCAAUUUCACUCACGCUCAAGACGCUGCAAAAGCUAUCGAUGAGCUAAAUUUCACUCCGCUGAACAACAAACCCAUUAGGAUAAUGCUUUCUAAUCGGGGCCCUGAUCCUCGAAGGAGUAGUGCUGCUAAUAUUUUCAUUAAGAAUUUGGCCAAGGAAAUCGAUGACAUAGCUUUGCAUGAAACUUUUUCGUCUUUUGGAAAAAUUCUUUCUUGCAAGGUAGCGACUGAUGAUUCUGGCGAGUCUAAAGGCUACGGUUUUGUGCAAUUUGAGAAGGAAGAAUCUGCACAGAAUGCAAUCGAAAAGUUAAACAGAAUGCUGAUCAAUGAUAAAAAGGUCUACGUAGGUCGUUUCCUACGAAAGCAGGACAGAGAGAGGGCAAAGUUUAAUAAUCUCUAUGUGAAAAACUUGUCCGAGUCCACGACGGAUGAGGACUUGCAGAAAACUUUUGGAGAAUAUGGGACCGUUAUUAGUGCUGUGGUGAUGAGAGAAGAAGAUGGUACAUCGAAGUGUUUCGGUUUUGCCAGUUUUGAAAGAGCAGAUGCCGCUACUAAAGCUCAGGAGGCACUUAAUGGAAAGAGAUUUGAUGGUAAGAAAUGGUAUGUCGGAAAAGCCCUGAAAAAAUCUGAAAGAUUGCUUGAACUGAAAGGACGAUAUGGGGAGAGUUCGAAGGGAUCUGCUGGCAACUAUCAGGAUGAAAACUUGUAUGUCGAGAACUUGGAUCAUAGCGUUACUGAUGAAAAACUAAGAGAAUUGUUCUCUGAGUUUGGUAUAAUAACCACAUGCAAGGUUAUGCGAAGUAUACAAGGAUUUAGUAGAGGAUGGGGAUUUGUUGCAUUUUCAACUCCUGAGGAAGCUACACGAGCUCUUAAUGCGCUGAAUGGUCAAAUGUUUGCUCGCAAACCCCUCCAUUUUACUGUUGCACGGAGAAAUGAAGAGGGAAGAGUAACGUUACAGGCUCAAUUUUCACAGAUCAGGCCCGUUGCAACGGCCCCUUCUGUUGCAAAUCGCUUGUCAAUGCACCAUCCCAGGGCUCCUGGACUAGGCCCACAAUCAUUGUACAGGCAGCCACGUCCCCCCUUCAUAGAUCAAGCUGGAUUUGGUUACCCGCGGCAACUUGUUCCUGGAAUGGGACCACGUGUUCCUCCAUUGCCAAACUUCUUUCCUCCAAUAGUUCCGCCGGGUCAACUAGGUCAGCGCCCAGCCAUGCAACAAUUCCCGCGGCCGUUACCAUGGAUGCAACCGAUUGCUCCAAUGGGACGUGACUAUCGUUACCCUCCUGGUCGCAACCUGAUAGAUACUCGACUUCCACCGUUAGCUGGAAGACUUACAUCAACUUAUGACGUGAGUAGUCAGCCCAUCGAGAAUGACGCGGAACAGCCGAUCAUCCCCUUCGACGUGUACCUUGAAAAUACUCGUCCUGAAAUACGGAGGAUUAUCCUUGGAGAAGUUUUAUACCCGCUAGUAGAUGAACUGGAGCAUGAAUCAGCACCAAAGGUUACAGGUAUGCUUUUGGAGAUGGACCACAAUGAGGUAAUACAUCUGAUUGAGUCAGCAGAUGAUCUCAAAACAAAAGUUGCUGAGGCCAUGUAUGUGUUGAGAAAUCAUGAACGGGAGCUAUCAAACGAACAACUGGUUUCACUCUUUCUGGAUGAUGACUCUUAG